AAUGUGCAAAGUGCGAUAUAUACCAUAUGUGUAAAAACAUAUAGUUUCAUAUCACCCGUAGCAUCAAGCUGUAGUGUGUAUUCAUUUAUUUAUUGUUUUCUAAAUGUUAGGAUACGGCAAUAACGCGGUGGUGUCUCUUCCCCUGAUUGGAUAGAAAUUCUAUGCGGACCGUCCUACCGUUACCUGCUACUUCCUGUGACGCAAGCUCCUUUGACAUACAUAUAUAAUGAACUUCUGAAUUACAGACAGUGUGGAGGAAGUCUGCAUUGACCGUAAACGUCGCAAAGGUUCAUUUAAAGCGCGCAGGUCAACAGGAGAGGUUUAGCAGUACAAACAGAGAAAAUACAAUUAGCAGGAUUCGUGACCGUAACAGAGAGAGGCACGUUACAAGCUAGCUAAUGGUAGCGAAGAUAAACGUUACCUGAUAUUAUCAUUUAGCAGUGAUCCAUCAGCUAGAUAAAACGCUUAGGUACACGUUUUGGAAACGUUAAAGUAAAGGUUGUUUGGGCAAAAGCUGAGAAAGACAGAAAGACAUCGAGAACCUUUUGGUGUGCUUUAGAUAUUAUUGAUGGACUUCAUUGCUGGAUGUUUAGGAGUAUUGUUUCAUUGUCUGUAGGUGCGGCUGGAGUGUUGGUUGGACACCCAUUUGACACAGUAAAGGUAAGACUGCAGGUCCAGAAUGCUGAUAAACCUGUAUAUCGUGGGACUUUCCACUGCUUCCAGUCCAUCAUACGUCAGGAGUCGGUAUUUGGCUUGUAUAAAGGCAUUGGAUCCCCCAUGAUGGGCCUUACAUUCAUCAAUGCUAUAGUGUUUGGUGUUCAGGGAAAUACAAUGCGAUGGCUGGGGGAAGACACCCCAAGGAACCAGUUCCUUGCUGGUGCUGCAGCGGGAGCCAUCCAGACUGUAGUCUGCUGCCCCAUGGAGCUGGCCAAAACUCGCAUGCAAAUGCAGGGUACAGGGGUAAAGACGGGCUAUAAAAAGAUGUAUAAGAACUCCUUUGACUGUUUGCUACGCAUUUACAAACAGGAGGGUCUGCGGGGUGUAAACAGGGGCAUGGUUACUACACUUGUCCGUGAAACACCUGCCUUCGGGGUUUACUUCCUGUCGUAUGAUUUGCUGACUCGCAGCCUCGGCUGUGAGCCAGAUGCCCGCUUUUUGAUUCCCAAACUGCUCUUUGCUGGGGGUAUGGCAGGCGUCAUAUCUUGGGUCUGCAACUAUCCCGUAGAUGUGAUCAAAUCACGACUCCAAGCAGAUGGGGUGGGUGGUGUGAACCAGUACAGCAGCAUUGCUGACUGUAUCCGGCAGAGUGUCAGGAAAGAGGGUUACAUGGUGUUCACUCGAGGCCUCACUUCCACACUGCUAAGAGCCUUCCCUGUGAAUGCUGCCACUUUUGCUACCGUCACCCUCUUCCUCAUGUACGCGCAACCUGAGAACAGAGGGCCUAAAGACUGUGAGCCGGCCCCGACACAGACAGAGGAGCAGACCCGGCCCACCAACCUGUGACAGCAUACAGUGCUCAUCCUCAACCCAGGCACUUUAGAAGAAUACAGCAAAACAAAAUGUAUAUUCAAACUUUUUGUUACUCUGACUUGGUUUCACAUCACAUCAGCCAUUCCUUGUUUUGAAUCCAAAUAUACUUGGUUUAUAUCAGCACUUUUUAUUUUCUAUGGAGCAAAAAGGAGAGCAAAACAUCUUUACUUUUAGCAAUAAUUUAAGUUUAGUGUUUGCUUCUGUAGAUGCAGAAGUUGAUAUACCUCUAAUAAGGUGGGGGAAAUAGAAGCUGACAGAUUCAUGACAGCUUUUGAAAUGACCUCAUCCUUUGAAUUAUUUUGUAUAAAAGAAAAGGAUUUGUUACUGAGCCACAAACCUGUCAGUAUGGCUAGAUUGUGUGUAUGGUAUAGGCACUGGAAAUUUAUAUCUCUAUUUACAUAUAUCUUCAAAUUUGCAGUGUUUAUCUAGAUUUAAAUAUUCCAGAGAAUCUUUUUUUUAAUGUGUAUCUAAAGAAUUUCUCCUGCCUUAUAAAACGGUUUUUCUUCGUGUAAGGAAGCUAAAGCACGUGUUUGUACCUGAAGUGUAUCCUCUGAAGAGUUGGGUGAGUAACAGGGAACCAAUGUAGCGUGUGAUAAGCAUGCAGAACUUAUCACAUUUAAACUGCUUUCAAACCAAAAACCAUCACAGCUUCAGUCUCAUCCAUUGCACGAUUAGCCCGUGCAGCACAUGCCAGUAUCCGAUGCAUGCAAAAAGCAUCAGGUCUAACAGCUCUUCAUGGAUCGAAUGAAAAACGUCUGGGUGUGAAUCGAGAUGGCGGUUGCCGUUUUUGUUUUAUUGGUUUGUCUGUGUGUGUUGUGUUCUCCCAAAUAAUAUCAAGUUUUAUUAUUGUUACUCACUGCUGUGUUAAAGGUCUAGUAUAAAACCUUGAUAUUUUGUUUGACAUUAUCUUCUUUUCAAAGGUGAUUUUAAGUCUGUGUAUGAUAUUCAAGGCCAGAUAUUCAUGCUGGGGCACUUUAAAGAAAUCUGCAAAGAAUUGCAUUUCUGAAACCAACAAAUAACACAAGAUUGAGGCGGGCAACUUCUUGUUUUUCUCUGAGGGAUACUUUAGGUCAGGGAUAUCAAAGUAAUUUUACAUUGAGGGCCACACGCAGUCCUCUUUCAUCUUAAAUGGGCCGGACAAGUGAAGCUCCACUUUCUGUUUAACUGCGCGUUUAAUCUAUGAGAUAUAUUAAUAUGAAAUAAAGAACUGCAAUUUCUACAGAACAUCUCUGUUUUUCUACGUUGUAAAUGUGUAAAAUUACAGAAAACAUUCUGGUAGCUCACUGAACACACUGUCCCAUAUUUAUAAAACCUUUUUAUUGAUUAAUGAAAGUCUUUUUGUUUUAACCGAAAUUUCUAUAACAGGAACUUCUCUGUUAUUUAAUUGUUUAGCUAUUAGUUAACUACUUUGAUGUAGUAUGAAUGACUAUGGGGGAGGUCUUUAUCAGCAGGAAAGGCUGUAAAACGUAUAAAAAAAAUAAAGUUAAUCCAAAAAUGUAUGCCCUUUGUCAUAGUUUCUAAAGUCAUCCAGAGACCAGCAGUCUUUGCUGGGCCAAUUUUAGGCCCUGGGCCUUAUGUUUGACACCCCUGCUCUAGGUGAUUUAUUGCACUUUGGUGUUCUUCUGACUUUGUUUUGUUUCAGGGAAAACUCUGGUGGUGUAACAUCCUUUGCUGAAUGAAGAAAAGCAAACAAAUUUAAAAGAAGAAAUUUUGGAUUAGUGUUCAUGUUUAAAUGUAAAUGUUGCUAUGAACUCGAGUUUUUCUUCUCAGUAAGGGGAUAAUUUUCUGUCAGUCCUGUCAGACUCCAAUCAAAGCUUUUUCAAGCUUUUAAGUUCUCACACUGGCAGCAAAUUAAACCCAACAUGCUUUGCAUGAAAACAAUCUACUUACCCGCAGCUGCACUAAUUCCACGUUUGUUGAAUGUAACACACCUGUUUUGAUGUGCAGGUGUUUUAUUUUAAGAGUUUAAGGACAAAAGUAUUUUGGGGGAAUCCUUCAGUGAUGGUACACUUAAACACAAGAGUUGUGGUGUGGUGGCGGUGAUGAAUGAAAGCAUGAUUGCCAUGUAUGCAAAAGUUGCUUUUGUUUAACUCUAUAUUCAACUUCUCAAACAGCGACUGUUAUCUGUGGCUACAAAGUACAUCUGAAGCAUAUUACAUGACAAAUAUUUAAUCCAGCUCUUUGAAAGAUGCAAUACUUACAGAAUAUAAUUCUGAUAAUGCAGGAUUCUUUUGAAGUAACUGGUUAAAUACAUAUUAUAUGUUUUUUAUUCUAAAAUAAUAAUGCAGUGCAAUACCAUGAAUGUCUGGGUUUAAGUUUAAACUGUCGUUAAUCAGUUUAAGUUACCUGGUGUAUUUACAGAAAAACUGAGAUGUGAUAUUUUUGUCAUGCAGAACCUAUUUGUCUAUUUUGGCAAUAAAGAUCUGUACAA